GUCACAGCUCAUAUAACCAUGGUGAAGGAACGAAGUGCCAGAAUUGUUUAAAGAGCUGCGGUGAGAAGUGUGAAGACCGAAUCAGAGUCGCUGCAUACGCAAAUGGAUUUCAAAAUUCUUCUGUUGCUCCUGUGCAUCACCUUCAUCUCUGUCCAAGGUGAAACUCCACAAUGCUGCCUUUCUACAGCGCCACUGAGUCGAAGAAUACUGAAAAGAGUGGAGAAAGUCACCAUACAAAGGAGCAACGGUCGCUGCGAGAUUGAUGCCCUCGUGCUGCUUAUUCGUGGAAAGAGAUUGUGCGCACCAAUGUGGCAAUGGAAACUUCUGGAACAAUUGAAAUCAUCAUUAAUAGGGCAGCAACGUUUCUGAGACCUAACUGAGAUCCGUUGUUUUUACUGCCAGUGUGUCAUUCUGAUUAGUUCUCAUUUACUUUCCUCAUUGGCAUGAAAGGUUACUUCUAUUCCAGCUAUUGUCCAGCAAAACAGCCCUGUAAAUUCCAUUCAAUUCUUUUUGUUGAUGUUCUUAAAAUGUUCACUAGAUGCUGCUUUUAUUCGCGCAAAACAAAUAUUUGCAGACGCGGACUCUCCCUGUCCGCGAUUCUCAGGAAAAUAAAUCUUAUCUUGUUAUUGUGACUGAAAGAUCCCUGAGAAAGGUUUAGAAUGAAUUGUUUCAAAUGCAUUUAUAACUAAAAUAAUUUUAAAAGUUAUUGUUAUAAAAUUAAAAUGGAAAAAUAGUAAACGAAUAGAAAAUGAUCUUGAUUUUUCACAGUUUUUUCUGAAGGUAAAUAAGGUGUAAGACAAAACAGGUAAAAAGAUCAAAUGUUCAAAGUUUGAAUCAAAGCUUUCUUCAUUUCAGGAAAUAUAUUUUAAAGUUAUAUAUGUUUGUGAAUUAAAGCACUAUAAAUGUUAGAGGUUUAUCUUUAAACAGCUAAAAAGUGAAACGUGUAUGUUUAUGUGCUGCGUCUCGGCAUAUUUCUACAGUUACGUGCAUCAUUUCUCAAGAAAAAAAUCAUUCAAUAAACAGAACUUUGUUUUAA